AUGUUACUUGAAGAUAUCAUUAGUCCAAUAAUUCCUAAAGAAUGCUUCUACAAAUAUACAAAACAUGGUGAAUUUUUCGAUGUUCUUUGCUUUAAGAUAAUUUUAAGUAAAGUAUUAGGAUAUGGUAUUAUUGUUGGCUCGUCGCUUGUGAAAAUUCCACAAGUGUUAAAAGUUGCAAAAAGUAAAAAUGCUUAUGGAUUAAGCAUACUGUCUAUCCUGCUGGAGUUGAUUUCAUUCACAUCGGUUAGCGUAUAUUCAUUGGCUAAUGGAUUUCCAUUCAGCUCUUAUGGCGAAGGAAUAUUUCUGGGCAUACAAAAUUUCUUGCUGGCGGUUAUGGCAAUUACAUGGACACAUUCACGGCUUAAAGCUGUUGUAUUUUCAUGUAUUUACAUGGCAGGAUUAGCUGUCUUACUGUCACCAGCAUUACCAAUGUCAACUUUAGUAUUAUUUCACACAGCCAAUCUACCGAUAAUGCUGUCAUCGAAGAUUGCACAAAUCUGGACAAAUUGGUGUAAUGGUAGUACAGGCCAGCUGUCAGCCAUCACACUGUGUUUGUUUGCCCUAGGCUCAACUGCACGUGUAUUCACAUCGAUUCAAGAGACUGGAGACAGACUGUUAGUUGUAUCGUGUAUUUUAGCCACUGUAUGUAACUACAUACUAGUGGGACAGCUAUUCUACUAUUGGAAUGCACCAAUCACCACUAGUCAAGGGGCUAGUAGCAGCAGCAGCAGCAACAGUAGGCGUGAUCAAUCGUCGGGACGAAAAAUGCAAAAGGAUAAGACAAAUUAA